UCAGACAAAUUACCCAUGAUACAUUGCAGUUUUGAUCCUCGCACACGGCUGUUGCAUUCAUACAGCGCCCAGCUACCGUGCGCAGAUCACAGGUGUCCCAGUCUGCUCUGUGGUCAGGAUGGGGGUGAAGGAGCGUCCUCAGUGCUACUUUGAUGUGGAGAUCAACAGAGAACCAGUUGGACGUAUAGUCUAUCAACUGUUCUCCGAUGUCUGUCCCAAGACUAGCAAAAACUUCCUCAGUUUGUGCACUGGUGAGAGAGGAACUGGAAAAAGCACAGGGAAAAAGCUGUGUUUUAAAGGCUCCACAUUUCACAGAGUUGUAAAGAACUUCAUGAUACAGGGAGGAGACUUCACCGAGGGCAAUGGAAGAGGAGGGGAAUCCAUAUAUGGAGGCUACUUUGAAGACGAGAACUUUAUUCUCAAACACGACCGAGCUUUCCUGUUGUCCAUGGCCAACCGCGGCAAACACACCAACGGGUCCCAAUUCUUCAUAACCACCAAGACAGCACCUCAUCUCGAUGGGGUCCAUGUGGUGUUUGGCCUGGUCAUCUCAGGCUUUGAGGUGAUCAAGAGGAUUGAGGGUCUGAAGACGGACGGAGCCAGCAGGCCGUACGCUGAUGUUAGGGUGAUGGACUGUGGUCAGCUCAUCACUAAGUCAGCCAACGAUGUUCUGGAAGGAAAGAGGAAGCGGCGGUCGCAUUCUGCAGACUCCUCCCUCAGUUCUCCCGGCUCCUCUCAGUUCUCCUCUCUGGAGUCUGGGAGUGAAUCUGAGGAGAAGCACCACCACCACAGGCGAAAGAGACACUCCAAGAGCAAACGCUCCAAGAAGAGGAGGAGAGAGAGGGAGGUGAAGAGAGAGGGUCACACUGACAGGGUGGAGCCUGGUCUAAAGGGCCCUGUGGAUGGAGGGAUGGUGGCGGUAGCUGUGGAGGAGGAGGGUGGAGGGAAGGAGCAGAGUGGUUUGAAGAGAGAGAAACCAGUAGUUCGUCCAGAGGAGAUCCCUCCUGUUCCUGAGAACCGCUUCCUAUUGAGGAGAGACCAGCCGGGUCAGGAGGACCAUCCAGACACAACUAAGCCAGAGGUCUCCUCCCUUCCCAAUGACCUGAAGCAGUCAGUCACCAAGUCUGGACGCAAGAUCAAAGGCAGAGGGACAAUGAGGUACCACACCCCGACGUGCUCUAAGUCGCACUCGGCUUCGGAAGAGGAGGGACAAGGAAGCAGCGAAACUCCGCCCCACUGGAAGGAGGAAAUGCAGAGAACCAAGACCUACCAGCCACCCAGCGUAGAGAGAUGGAGCCGAGGAGACAAAUGGGAGGGAGAACGCAGCAGGAGUGACUCCCCAUGGUCCCAGUCCCCGGAGUGCUCCUCAGGCCACAGCUCUGACCGCUCCAGCCAGCCCCGCCCACACAGGAAGGAGAAGAAGAAAGCCAAGCGCAAGAAGGCCAAGAAACGCAAACAUGCCAAGAGACAAAAGAAGGAGUCCACCAAGAGCAAAGAGCCCAAACAGUCGCCCGUCCGAGAGGGUCAGGGGACAAAUCCUGGUGAUAUUGAGAGAAGGUCCCUCUCAGUGUCCCGGACCCCUUCCGCCCACAGACGCUCCCCCAGAAAGCAGUGCUCCGGGUCGGGCAAGCGGCGUCACUCCUCCCCUUCAUCCAGAGACUCCAGUUCCUACACACCUAGCCGCUCCAGAUCCAGGGGCAGGUCUGUGUCUUACUCCCAGUCCAGGAGUCUGUCUCACUCCAGAAGCAGGUCUCUAUCUAUGUCAAGGUCCACAUCCAGGUCUCGAUCCAGAUCCCGGUACAGAUCCAGGUCCAGGUCUUUGUCCCGGGUCAGGAGGAGAAAGGCAACCAGAUCCUCCAAGAAGUCCAAGAUGGCUGACGUCAGCAGGCUAAAGCCAGACACCUCAGCCGCAGGGGCAGUGAAGGGUGUAGAGACCAAAGCCCUCCCUGCCACCCCAGCCCCUGAGAACGCCCCUGUCAUACCCAUGAGUGAGCCCCCUCCCUCACGCUGGAAGCCCGGCCAGAAACCGUGGAAACCCUCCUACGUCCGAGUCCAGGAGGUCAAGACCAAGACGACUCCAGCCUGCCUGUCCCCCAUAGGCCCCACAGCUCCCAGUACAUCUGAUAACCACCCAGAUAACUCCCACCUGGAAAAGAGCCGUGGCUCUAAGAGCCACAGACACCAGAGACGAUCACCCAGCGGCUCCUACAGGAGCAGGUCCUACAGCCGGUCUCACAGUCACUCCAGGAGUCACUCCCGGUCCAGGAUACGGUCACCAGGUCCCUACUACAGCAGAUCCUCCUCCUACAGCAGGUCAGACUCCUAUGACUCUCACAGGAGAGGCCUAGACAAGACCUUAGACAAGACUAUAGACAAGGGCUGGAAACAGUACUACAGCUCUCUGAAGCGGAUCAAGAACCUGGAUAAGUACCUCAAAGCGCCUGACUCCCAGAUCAACAUGUUUUCAUCUGAAUCUGAGGACGGAACAGACAGCGAACACAGUCCUGGGCCCAGGCAGAAUGGCUCCAAGGGACCAAAGCUCUUUGGCAUCUUAUCAGAAGACCGACGUCAUCAGGAAACGGAAGCAAAAAGUCUGAAACCAAACCAAAAGUCCUUGGAGGAACCCAGCAGUAGGUCAGAGUGGGACAGUGACGGGGAUAAACUAGGCAGAAAGACCAGCCUGGUGAACAACCAGAAGCCUGAUGUUAGGUCAGCAGAGAUUCCUGACCAGAGACUAGGAGCUCUCGCUGGGUGGGACUCUGAGAGCGACUCUGAGAAGGUGCUGCCCAAGAUGGCCACCACCGAGCCCAAGGUCUUCCUGUCAGAGAAGGAGGAGGGCGAGGCCAGCUCCGAGUCAGAACAUGAACACCAUGUACGGUCACACAGCAAGAUGAACAAAGCCCCUGGAACCUCUGUGUUGCUGCUUCCUGCACCUGUACAUAAUGCCACCCCAUUGGAGGGGAGCCCUGAGAAGGGCCCCGAGGCAGAGAGACACAAGAGCAGGAAGAAGAACAAACGUAAACACAAACGCAAGAGGAGGAGCUCUGCCAAGUCUGGCUCCACCAGGUCAAAGGUCAAGUCAAAGCGGUCCAAGAGGAAACACCAGAAGCUGAAGGAGACAUUCCACUGGCAGCCGCCAAUGGAGUUUGGAGAGGAUGAGGAGGAGGAUGAGUCCCAGAAAGAGAAACGUCUGGAGCAAAAACAUACUGCUGUAAAGGAUAGUCCUCAGAGAGCUGUCAGGGGAAGACCUGGCAAAUCUCCAUGUCUGGAAAAGGAGGAGAUAAGUCCUGCUUCGCCCAACAGAAACGGUUCCGUACAGCCAAUUCCUCACAGAGUGGAAGAUGCAGCAGAGAUUACCAAAGAACUGAAAGCUAAACCAACUGCCAACUCGAACCCAAAACACUCAAAACCUCAGGACCUCACUGCUAACCUGCCAAAGAUGGAUCAGCCAGAGAUGGUAGACGAUAUGGAGAUCUGCACCCCAGAACAUGACCUCCCUGACCCCACUACCGAGCCACCAGGCCUUCCGGGCCAACAGGCACCAGAUAUCAGUCUGAAAACACUGUCUCCUCUGAGUCGCUCCUUAAAGAAGGGAGACAUGUUUCUCUCACCUGUUAAAGAUCCACAGUGUACAGCAUCUCUGCCAGCUGUGAUGCUAGCUAGUGGGGAGCAGCAGGAAACUGUCGACCCUAAAUGGAAGCCUCUAAAGGGGAUGGCUGCUCUGCAAGCCCUGAACCCAAACCCCUCCCUGGCUCGUCUGCUCCCCACCAGACUCCCGGAGCACAGUGGGCCCCGGACCCAGCCCCAGGAAGGCAUCAGGCCCCAGGGCAGCAGGACCCAGAGCCAAGGCGGGAGGACCCAGGGGGGAGUCAGCAUCCAGAUCAAGAGCCAGAGCCGGGUGCGUCCUGGGUCGCUGUUCGACGAGGUACGGAAGACGGCCAGACUGAACCAGAGGCCCAGGAACCAGGACAGCAGUUCCAGUGAGGAGAGGUCUCAGUCUGCAGCUGGAGCCGUGGGAGGGGCCACGGAGGAGGAGCGGGGAAGCAGGAGGUCCCGGUCGGGGUCUAGCCCCUCCCACAGGUCCAGAGGAAGAUCCCCCUCCUCCAGCCGCUCCAGGAAUAGAUCGCGCUCCUCCAGCUACUCCUCCAGGAGUCGGAGCAGGAGCAGGAGGAGGUAUCCCAGAGGGCGCUCCCAGUCCCGCAGCAUCACCUACCGCAGCUACAACAGUCAUAGUCGGACCUAUAGUAGAAGUAAUUCCAGAAGCCGUUCUUAUGAUCGACGCAAGAGAUCCAGGUCUGACUCCUAUGACACUUACUCCAGUCGGAGUCGUAGCCGCAGCUCCAGCAGGAGGCGUGGGAGAAGGAGUGAUAGCUCCAGGAGCUCCAGGUCUUACCACUCCUCUAGUCGCAGCUCCUCCCGACACUGGAGUCACAGUGGAAGAUACAGUUGAGCUGGAUCAUGUCUGUUACCAUCUCUGUCCUGAUGACUGAUGAUUCAUGAGUCUGUUUCUGUCCUGAUGAUUCAUGAGUCUGCUUCUGUCCUGAUGACUCAUGAGUCUGCUUCUGUCCUGAUGACUCAUGAGUCUGUUUCUGUCCUGAUGACUCAUGAGUCUGUUUCUGUCCUGAUGACUCAUGAGUCUGUUUCUGUCCUGAUGACUCAUGAGUCUGUUUCUGUCCUGAUGACUCAUGAGUGUCUUGG